AAUAUAUUAGAGCAUAAUAGCAGUUUUUAUAUUUCAAGCUCUAAAGAUGAAGAUGAAGAAUUUAGUGAAAAUAGAGAAAAAUCAAUUGAUAAUAAAUCAGAAAAAGUUGAUAAAGAUCAAGUUAGAAAACGUAAACAUAAAUCAAAUAAAUCUAAAAAGAUAUAA